AUGGGUAGAAUAAAAAUGAAAAUUAUUCUUAGUGAUUCUAUUUUAAUUGAAAAGGCAAAAUUAUUAGCAACAGAAUUAAGUGAAGUAGUAUUAGCAAAUGAAGUUUCUAUUGAAGAGAUCUUUUUUAUUGCAUUAUGUGCAAAUGCAAAUAAAUUAUACAAAUUAUUACCAUUAAUUAUUGAAAAAUAUGCAAAUUCCAGAUGUUUUAAAACAAUUAAUGUUCAUAAUUUAUCAAUAACUUAUCAACAUAAUUCUAAAGCUUGGAUGCUUACCACUUUAUUUCAAGAGUGGCUUUGUAAUUUUGAUCAAAAGGUUGCAAUAAAACAUAAUAGACAAUGUGUUUUAUUAUUAUUGGAUAAUUGUGGAAGUCAUAAAAUUGAAGGUUUAGAUCUUUCACAUGUUGAUGUUUAUUUUUUACCUCCAAAUACAACUUCAAGAAUGCAGCCAAUGGAUGUUAGAAUUAUUAUUUAUUCUUAUAAUAUUAAUAAUGAAAAUAAUAGUGAAUUAACAAAUAAUAUUUCUAAAAAUAUCCAGGCACUUUACCUUCCUAAUGCAAUAGGUAUAGAAGAAUUUCUUUCUGUACCAGAAGAAAAUAUUAUUUAUAAAGAUUUAGAAGAUGAUGAAAUUAUUACAGAACUUGUUGACAUUUUUAAAAAACCAGAAGAAAAUAUUAAAAAUGUUGAAGAAUUAGAUGAUAGUAUUGAACCAGUUAUUAUUGAUAUUAGUGUAACAUUAAAAAGUAUAGAAAAUAUAUACAUGUUUUUAUUUCAACAAGAAAAUUCAGAAAAGUAUAUUAAAUUAGCAAAUACAAUUGAAAAAUUUAUAAAAGAUUUGGCAUCUACAUUUGAAGCAAAAGAUACAAACGCACUAAAAGUGACCUUCAUAUCGGCUUCUAAUGAGAAGUCAUACCUAAUGUUGAUGAUUGAAUAUUAUCUAGUUAUUGACUUACCAGAAGAGUUUCUUCUUCCUGGCAUUGGUACUGGAAUACUUCAAAGCCAUAUUUUUCAGCUUAAAAGAAAUUGCAGAUCCUGUUGUUCAAACACAUUGAAUGAUGUUGUAUUGAAUGGGUACUCAAGUAGUUAG